AUGCUCGCGCUAACUACGACUGCACUCGCAUUGCUCGCGGCGUCCCAGGGCGCCCAGGCCGGCGGAACCAGGAUGAAGCUGCACAAGAUGGAGCGCACCACCGCCGACGACUUUGGCGUCAACUCGGUCGCCGCGCUCGCCGACAAGUACCUGGCGCGGUACUCGAACCAGCUCGCCUUCUCGCGCGGCAAGUACCCGCCCAGCCGCGACACCGAUUUCCGCAUCCAGGUCGAGCAGGACCAGUUCAACGACGAGCUCGCCAAAGGCGGCCACGGCGUCCCCAUCUCGAACUUUGCCAACGCUCAGUACUACCACGAAAUCACCAUCGGCACCCCGCCGCAGACCUUCAAGGUCAUUCCCGAUUCUGGAUCGAGUAACCUCUGGGUCCCCUCGGUCAAAUGCUCGUCGAUCGCCUGCUUCCUCCACGCCAAGUACGACUCGAGCCAGUCGUCGACGUACAAGGCCAACGGGUCCGACUUUGCGAUCCGCUACGGCUCGGGCUCGCUCGAGGGCUUCAUCUCGAGCGACACGGUCAGCGUCGGUGACUUGCAGAUCAAGCACCAGGACUUUGCCGAGGCGACGAGCGAGCCCGGCCUGACCUUUGCGUUCGGCAAGUUUGACGGCAUCAUGGGCAUCGCGUACGACACGAUCUCGGUCAACGGCGUCGUCCCGCCCUUCUACAACAUGAUCAACCAAGGCCUGAUCGACGAGCAGGUCUUCUCCGUCUACCUCGGCAAGGACAACGACGACAGCGAGAUCGUCUAUGGCGGAAUCGACGACAAGCACUACCAGGGCAAGAUCGAGUACUUCCCCGUUCGCCGCAAGGGCUACUGGGAGAUCGAGCUCGAGGCGUUCAAGCUCGGCGACGAGACGCUCGAGCUCGAGAACACGGGCGCCGCUAUCGACACGGGUACAAGUUUGAUUGCGCUUGACACGGAUACGGCCGCAAUUGUAAAUAAGCAGAUUGGGGCUUCCCCAGGGCGGUUCGGGGGCGCAUACACCGUCGAGUGCUCGACCGUCUCGUCGCUCCCGCCGGUCACCUUUGUCUUCGGCGGGAAGGAGUACGCCCUCGACGCGAAGGACUACAUCCUCGAGAGCGGCGGCACAUGCAUCUCACCAUUUAUGGGCAUCGAUCUCGGGGGUUUGCGAAUCUGGGUCAUCGGCGACGUCUUCCUGCGCAAGUUCUAUUCGGUCUACGACCUCAAGCGCAACGCCGUCGGACUCGCCAAGUCCCGCUAA